GCAAAGCUCUUCCCACUGCGUACGAACUCCCCGGCCAUUCCCGACGCCGAUGCCCCGCCGCCGCUGAUCUCCACCCUCCGUCCGCAUCCUGCAUCCACCCCUCCGCCUCCGCUGCUCCUCCCCAACCUGCACCUCUCCCAUGUCCGGUCUCCGCCACCCGCACUGAUUUACCUCUCCGUUGUCUCGCCUCCGUCUCCGCCACUCCUUCACCACGCCGAUGUCCAACCUCCGCCUCCUCCGCCGCAGCUCCUCCUCCAUGUCCACCACCACGUCGCCACUCUCACGGGCCUGGUCCCCCCAUUCGGCCUUUGCCGCGGCCACAGAGCGCGUGCGCGCUGGGACGCUCAGCCAAGACGAUGCACACCACCUGUUCGACGAAUUGCUGCGGCAGGCCAACCCGGUCCCCGGGCGCUCCCUGAACGGCUUCCUCGCUGCCCUCGCACGUGCUACGUCCUCUGCCUCCUGCAUCAGAGAUGGUCCCGCCCUCGCCGUCGCCCUCUUCAACCGCGUGUGCCGAGAACAGGCCGGCCUGCGGGUGGCGCCUCUCACAGUCCACACCUACGGCAUCCUCAUGGACUGCUGCUGCCGCGCGUCUCACCCAGAUCUAGGGCUUGCCUUCUUUGGUCGCCUCCUCAGGACGGGCCUCAAGACAAAUGAGAUCGUCGCCAACACCUUCCUCAAGUGCCUCUGCUACGCCAAUCGUACGGAAGAGGCUGUCAACGUGCUGCUUCAUAGGAUGCCCGAGUUUGGCUGUGUACCUAAUGCCUUCUCAUACAACACUGUUCUGAAGAGCUUAUGUGACAAUGGCAUGAGCCAGCAGGGGCUCGAGCUGCUCAAGAUGAUUGCAAAAGAAGGAGGUGUCUGCUCUCUCGAUCUGGUGGCAUAUAACACGGUCAUCCAUGGCUUUUUCAAGGACGGUGAAAUAGGCAAGGCAUGCAAUCUAUUCCAUGAAAUGAUCCAUCAAGGGGUUGAGCCCGAUGUGGUGACUUACGACGCGGUCAUUGAUGAGUUGUGCAAGGCCAGAGCAAUGGACAAGGCAGAAGUAGUCCUUCAGCAGAUGGUUGAUAAAGGUGUUCAACCUGAUACAGUGACAUAUAAUUGCAUGAUCCAUGGAUAUUCCAUAUCUGGACGGUGGAAAGAGGCUGCUAAACUGUUCAGAGAAAUGACAAGCCGGGGUCUUAUACCAAAUAUUGUUACUUGUGGCUCGUUAAUGACUUCCCUUUGCAAGCAUGGAAGAAGCAAAGAAGCUAGAGAAAUAUUUGAUUCCAUGACUGCCAAAGGCCACAGAGCUAAUGUCGUCUCAUACUCUAUUUUGCUUCAUGGGUAUGCCAAUGAAGGAUGCUUUGGUGAUAUGAUUGAUCUCUUUAAUUCAAUGAAAAGCAACGGUAUUGCAGCCGACUGCCGUGUUUUCAACAUAUUAAUUAAUGGAUAUGCUAAACGUGGAAUGAUGGAUGAAGCUGUGCUGAUAUUUACUGAAAUGCGGGAAAAAGGAGUGAGUCCUGAUGUAGUCACCUAUACCACUGUAAUAGCCGCACUUUCCAGAAUGGGUAGGUUGACCGAUGCUGUGGACAAAUUCGAUGAGAUGAUUGCAAUGGGAGUACAGCCAAGCAUACCUGUUUAUCAGUCCCUGAUUCAGGGUUUUUGCAUCGAUGGUGAUUUGGUUAAAGCCAAGGAGCUGGUUUCUGAAAUGAUGAACAAAGGUAUUCCUUGUCCUAACAUUGUGUUCUUCAAUUCAGUAAUAAACAGUCUGUGCAAAGAAGGAAGGGUUAUGGAUGCACAUGAUAUCUUUGACUUGGUUAUAGACAUAGGUGAGAGGCCUGAUACCAUUACAUUUAGUUCACUGAUUGACGGAUAUUGCUUAGUCGGCAAGAUGGAUAAAGCAUUCGGAAUGCUUAAUGCCAUGGAAUCAGUUGGUGUUGAGCCUGAUUGUAACGCCCUCGAUGCGGCUAUAUCUCUCACGUGUCGAAGCACGACUUAGAGGCAUAACCGCAUUGAAAGCAAUAUCGCAAGUGAGGUAAUCUUCACACAACUCAUGUAAUACAUA